AUGAAUAGCAACGAGAGAAAGGAUAACAAAGAUGAGAAUUCAACAUUUUAUGAUAGCGCAACGAAUGUCAUAGGCGGCGUCCGAAUCAUUGUAGCAUUAGCUGGUUUACUCUUGUUGAGCUUGGGCUCAGACUCAGACUCGGAAGAGAAGAUGAAGGCUGCUGGGCAAGAUGGUUAUAUUCCCCUAAAAUAUUUCAAAGACCACCCACCCAAAAGAGUACUUCAAGAAUCUGCGUGA